AAAUUUAUACAGUGCGUACAAGUGUUGAUUGUAAAGUUAUAGGCACUAAAUCAUCAUGUCUUUUCUUCUGAGAUCCCACCUGACAAGGUUUGCUUUGAGAAAUGUCCGGCAAUCUUCAGACGUUAGUUUCGAAAGUGCCCAGAAAACUAUGAAACUGAUGCGCAUUCUCUCCUUAACUGUGGUCCCAUUUUCCAUUAUUGCUGUUGGUGUGAAUGCCUACAUGAUUGAGGUGGAACAUGGGAAACAUGCUCCACCAGAGUACAAGGAAUAUGCCCACAUUGGUAUUAUGACAAAGAAAUACCCAUGGGGUGAUGGUAAACAUACACUAUUCCAUAACCCAAGAAGCCAAGGCAUCAAAGGAAAAGGUUAUGAUGAGCAAUAAAGACAUUCUUUUCAGUUCAUUGUUUUCGUGGAGUUCAAAUUAAUAUUGGAUGACUAACAUGAUUUGGCUUGGUUCUUUGUGUUUCUGUCAUAAAUAAAUAUACACUUAUUGAAAAG